GAGAACAGCAUUACGCGAUUGGUCGAAAGAGAGAUACGCGUUGUCGGAUAUGGAAGGGGUAUUCGCGUGAGAGAGAGAGAGAGAGAGAGAGAGAGAGUCGCCUCGGUGUUGGCGUCAGCACGCAGCAAACGGUUUAAUAUCUGUGCGUUAACGGAUACGUUCGUCGUUGUCGUCUUUCUUGUAGCGGCUGUGGUGGUGGUAGAAAUUCGGCUUCGCCGUAGUAAAAGGCACUAUAAAAGGUAACUUUCACGGACGCGUGCUAUUGAGUAAAGUAAGUUAAUGCUUCGACCGAGGUUUUUUACGAAGGAUAGAUAGCGAAGGGAAAAAGUAUAAGUUUCUGUAAUUCGUAGAGAAGUUCUUCGAAUAAGGACGGAGAAAAUAAGAAGAAGAAGAAGAAUAAAAAGAAGAAGAAGAAGAAGAAAUAAAAAUGUCUACAAAAACGAGUAAGAAAACGUCUGGGACGGCGUCAUCGACUAAUACGAGUGGCGUUCAAACGCCACCGCCACCUCAAACGUCCACGCCUAUUAGUAGUGGACAAAGACCUGGUAGUCCACUAAGUCCAACGCGUUAUUCCCGUUUACAAGAAAAACAGGAUUUACAAAAUCUGAACAAUCGUCUCGCGUGUUAUAUUGACAAGGUGCGGCAUCUCGAAGCCGAAAAUUCAAGACUCACGCGGGAAGUGCAUACUACGCAGGAAACAAGUACUCGCGAAGUUUCCAAUAUAAAGUCUAUGUAUGAGCAAGAAUUGUCUGAUACUAGAAAGUUAUUGGAUGAUACAGCAAAGGAACGCGCCAAACUCGAGAUAGAUACCAAACGUUUGUGGGAUACUAGCGAGGAACUUAAAAAUAAAUUGGAAAAGAAGACAAAGGAUUUGCAAAUAGCUGAAAGGAAUUUGAGUUUGUGCGAGGCGAGAAUCAGUGAUUUGACAUCUCAAUUAACUCAAAGUCAAACCGAACGUAAGAAAAUCACGGAUAAGGAUAGAGAAUUGGAAAAGGAGAACGAACGUUUGAACGCGGCACUGAACGAUACGCGCCAUCAUCUCGAGGAGGAAACGUUACAACGUAUCGAUCUUGAAAAUCAUAUUCAAAGUCUUAAAGAGGAUAUUAGCUUUAAAGACCAGGUUUAUCAGCAAGAGCUUACUGAAACGCGUACGAGGCGACAGGUUGAAAUCUCUGAGAUCGAUGGAAGAUUGGCCGAACAAUACGAAGCAAAAUUACAACAAUCGUUGCAAGAAUUACGUGAUCAAUAUGAGGCACAAAUGCGUGUCAAUCGUGAGGAGAUUGAAUUAUUAUAUGAGAACAAGAUCAAAAACUUGACUUCUCAUGCUCAACGUAAUAGUGAUGCAGCUAGCACAGCCAUCGAGGAAUUGAGACAAACUCGAUCUGGAAUUGAUACUCUUAAGCAAAGGAUCAACGAGCUUGAAGCUUCUACUAAUGCUUUGAACUCAAGAAUCCGGGAUUUAGAAAGUUUACGAGAGAACGAACGUAUCCGAUAUACGGAGAAUAUAGCCGCUUAUGAGGCAGAAUUAGCACGAAUGAGAGAUGAAAUGGCUCAACAAUUACAAGAAUAUCAAGAUUUAAUGGAUAUAAAGGUUGCUCUUGACUUGGAGAUUGCUGCGUAUCGUAAAUUGUUAGAAUCCGAGGAAGCUAGAUUGAAUAUAACACCAUCACAAAGUGGUAUUAGUUGCGUGGUACAAAGUAGCAGUAGAAGUACUCCAGCUAGACAAACGCCUCUUAGAGGAGGAAAAAGGAAGCGAACGUUAUUGGAGGAAAGUGAAGAACGCAGUAGUAGUGACUAUAGUAUCAGUGGCACGGCAAGGGGUGAUAUAGAGAUAACAGAAGCUGAUCCUCAAGGUCGAUACGUGAAACUUACUAACAAGGGUAACAAAGAGAUUGGACUUAGCGGCUGGCAAAUUCUCCGCAAAGCUGGAACUCUAGAAACAGUUUUUAAAUUUCAUCGAACUGCAAAACUCGAUGCAGGUGGAAGUGUAACUGUAUGGUCGGCCGAUAUCGGUGCAACGCACGAGCCACCAUCCAAUAUCGUUAUGAAGGGUCAAAAAUGGUUCAUUGCUGAAAAUAUGACUACAAUUUUGCUAAACAAUGAAUCAGAAGAAAUGGCAACGUCUGAAAGAAAAAGACAACAAUUGUCCACAUCUGUAUCGCGACAUAGAGAAAGUUUAGGAUUCCGACCUGCGGAAGAUCUUUAUCAUCAGCAGAGAAGAUAUCUCUACCCAUAUUAAGUGCCUGGGCACAUGAACUCUGAUGGGCAUCUUAUGAUGACCCACCAAGUCAAGAAAGAUGUCGCCUUAUGUGAACGUAAUGAAUUACAUUUAUUAAAAUAAGCAUCUCUCUUAUGACAAAUGAUUUUCUUCAAAUGCUUAUAUAAAAUAACGAUAUUUUAUGCAGCAAGCAUUAUCUAAAUAUCAAUCAAUUAUAUUAUUAACACACAGACACAGACACAUACAGAAAAAAAAAAAUUAAUAAAUAAAUAACAAAAGGAAGUAAGACUACGUCGUAAAUAAUAUGCCAUAGGGCUCGAUAAAUUUCUAAGCUGAUUAUAAAGUUGUUUCAGAUAAACAGGAUAAUAAUAAUACGUACGAAAAUGUAUGUGUCCACCAGAUUAAAAUGAGGGACAUUGUAUAAUAUAAUGUUCAACAAAUCAAAGUAUAUUAUUAUUAUUAUUAUUAUAUUAUUAUUAUUAUUAUUAUUAUUAUUAUUAUUAUUAUUAUUAUUAUUAUUUACUCUCUAUUCAUACACAUAUUAUAUAUCUUUUUUCCAUAACUCUUUGGUCACUGUUAUCAUAUCACAAUUCUUUAUAUAUAUAUAUAUUUUUUUUUAUUAUUUUUUUUCUUUUCCCUUUUUUUUUUAUAAAUCCUAACUCCUAAUGGAAUUAUUAUUAUUUCUUCUAUGUUUCUUGAAGCUAGUCUUAUGAAAUGAUGUUACACUUCGAUGUUUUGUGCUUUUAUAUCUAUUUCCUACUGUGUAAUAAUGAAAAAGUAGAUUUUGCUAUUUAUCUUUAAUUACAGUGUACAAAAAUGUUUGUAAUAACAAUAACAACAACAACAACACGCACAUACACAUACACACGCGCAUUUCUAUGCACUAUCAUUCAAUAUAUAUUCGGAGUAAAAAUGAAAUUGUACACUGUUCGUGAAAAUUACGGUUAUCGUACGAUAAUAAAGAGUCAACUGUGUUAAUAACAAGAAACGUAUUUAUAAUGAUUCCAUUGAGUCGGUUUUUUUCACUUGUAAAUUGGAAUAUUAAUUUCAUGUAAUUGUAAGCAAAUUUAUAUAUAUAUAUAAUAUCAUUUAUGUUAAUAAUAAAAAUCAAAAAUAUUAAUCGUACCUAAACGUAUUCGUUAUUUUUUUUUUUCUUUUUUUUUUCUUCUUUCUAUUCAAAUGUUUGGGAUUAUUAAUAUUAUAUUAUAUUCAUAAUUAUCGUCAUUUCGAUUAAAUUCAAGGAAUAUUAAUUUUCAUAAAUUUUUUAAUACUGACUGGUCUGGUAAUUAUGAAAGUGAUCCAAGUCAUAUGAGAUAUUGAGAUAUAUUUUGGUUACACACAGACUCUAUUCUUAAAUUUUUUAAUUUACAUGCAAACAAUUGUCUAUUUAAAAAAUAAAUAUAUUUACUUUCUCCUGUGUUUAUUGUCAUUAUAGAAAAAUAAUUUUUAAUUAUUAUAAUUUAAAUACAUUAAAAUACGUAUGCAUCUCAAUAUGAGAAAUAUAUGAUUUAGAAACACUGUCAUAAUUACAGGCUCAUACGAAUGUCAAUUUGGAACUUUCAAUUUUUCUCAAUAUCAGAAAAUAAUGUUUUUCUUGAUUCGAUACUAGUUUACAUUAUUUUGAUCACUGUUGACUCAUUAAAAUCAUCAAUCCGACCGUUGUUGGGUAAUCUGAUUCUUUUUUCUUUUACUUUUUUUUUUUUUGACCACAAUGUUUUUGUUGCCUUUAAUUUUACAGAAUAUUUUGUAUUAAGGAACUCUACUUUCAUUACUAUAAGUACAAUUAUUUUUAAUUGUUUCAUUUCUCGCGUACUUCGAGCACAAUAACCAAAAGUUAGGAUAAAUAAAUAACAUUAAUUACUUGGUGGUAUUAGAUGUGUAUAUAUAUAUGUAUGUAUAUAUAUAUAUAUAUAUAUAUAUAUAUAUAUAUAUAUAUAUAUAUAUAUGUACGUAAGGAUUUGAAUGUAUUUCGAAAAAUGUUUGUCACUUUUUAUAAUCCCUCAUAAUUUUCUGCAGAUAAUUAAUGCAACAAUAAUAAAAAUCAGUAUCAUUGUAUUAUAAGCGUCGUUUAACAAGCAUAAUUUUAUCAUAACGAUAAAAAAAAAAACAAACCGGAAGAAAAAAAGUGACAUAGAUUUUUGGAAUUUCCAACACAGAUCUUACGAUAAUGUAUUUAUAUAUAGGAAGAUAUGAUAUUUGUCCUCUGCAUACAAAUUUUAUCCAAAUAAAUUUCUAACUAACUCUA